AUGGGUGCAGACAAAACCAGCGCGUGUGGAGGACCGUGUGGAGCCAACGGGACCCUGGUGAGCCACAACCCGGAGGAGGUGAGGGCAGAGCGGGCAGACACAGGAGCCAUGGACUGGGGUGCGCUGCUGAAGAGGUCGCUGCUUCUAUGCGCUUUAUCACGCUGCAGUGAGGCUCAGUGUGACAGCUGUCUGGAGUACUGCUGCAGUGGAUCUCCUCCGUUCUGCUGCUCAUACUACGCCUAUGUGGGAGAUGUGCUCUCUGGUACAGCCAUCAGUGGUAUAGUCUUUGCCGUGGUCUUCCUCAUGGGGGCAGUAGCAGCUCUGUUCCUUUGUGUGUGCGUGUGUAUGAAGGGAGGACGAGGAAGACGAGUGGGAGUCUUCAACGUCAGCACAGUGUCUCAUGGGUACCCAGGUCCUCCUCCUCCUUACCCCUGUGACUACGAGAUGUGUCCUCCCCCCUACACCCCCACACAGCCUCCCCCUCGGACCUCUCCCCCUCCCCCCUACCCUGGAUUUAAGACCACAGACCAGGACUCUCUCUAUCAUACGGACCAAUAA